CAAGUACUUCCGUUUACUUCACUCACGUGACCUGUGUGUCCUUGCUUUGGCGUCUUUGACAUGUGAGAAACAGAAACAUGUCUUUCCCUAAAAAGCCUGGCGUUAAAGCGUUGGAUGUUCUACAGAACCUACCGCGUAUCAAUUUAGCAAACCUGCGACCAGAACCGGGAUCCCAAAAAUUGGAAAAACGACGAGGAAGGGGACAACACGGUGGAAACAGAAGCGGACGAGGACACAAAGGAGAGCGACAGAGAGGCAACAGACCUCGGCUGGGCUUUGAAGGGGGUCAGACUCCGUUUUAUCUGGCUAUUCCUAAAUAUGGCUACAAUGAAGGGCACAGUCGUCGGCCACAGUACCAGCCUCUGUCUUUGAAACGACUGCAGUACCUGAUUGACCUGGGACGAGUUGACCCAACCCAACCCAUAGACCUAACCCAGCUUGUCAAUGCUAGAGGAGUGACAAUCCAGCCCCUGAAGAGAGACUAUGGAGUCCAGCUUGUUGAUGAGGGUGCUAAUAUCUUUGCUGCAAAAAUCAACAUUGAGGUUCAAAGAGCUUCUGAAGGAGCCAUAGCUGCUAUUGAGAGGAAUGGAGGAGUCAUUACGACCAGUUUCUACGAUCCUAUAUGUCUUGGAAUUCUCAUCAAGCCCGUCCCGUUCUUCUUACGUGGACAGCCUAUUCCUAGACGAAUGUUACCAGGAGAGGAACUCGUCCCAUACUACACAGAUGCUGAAAACCGGGGCUACUUGGCAGACCCAGAAAAGGUCCAGAAGGCCCGGUUAGCCCUGGCACAAAAGUACGGCUACGUUUUACCAGACAUUUCAAAAGAUGAACUGUUUCACAUGCUCGCCAUGAGGAAGGAUGUUCGACAGAUCUUUUUUGGCCUCGCUCCAGGCUGGGUUGUUAACAUGCCGGAGAAGAAGAUUCUAAAACCGACUGAUGAGAAACUGGUUCAAUAUUAUAGCUCGUAGAUGAUAAAAAUAAAUGACCUGGGAAAACUCUAAGGUUGGGAUGUUGAACAUGUGAAAUGUGCAAGAUUGUAUCAUUUAUAAUAAAUACCUAACAAAAUUGUA